CAAAUUUGUCUCGUAGUUUUACCCCCAAAAUCUCAGAGUAAUCAAUAAAGUUUAUAUAUUUCCAUGUUUGACGUUUGCCGCCGAUCUUGAAUUCUUCCCCAUCAGAGGUCUAUCAGCAGGGAUUGGAGGAGAAAUUGUUCAAAAAUCCAUCUGGGGAUUUUCUAAAUUUGCAGUGGUUAUCAGUUGUUUGCUAAAUAUUUCAACUGGGUAUUCAUAACUGAGCUCCAUUCUUUGAUUUCUGGUAUGCUGUCUCUCGCACUUUCGCAUUCCCUCCUCCCAUUUCUCCCUCGGAACCUCCAUUUUCCUCUCCAGAACUGCGAAACUGAACGAGAAGUGAAGCAACUCCACGCUCUGUCGCUCAAAACAGGUUCCUUCAAUCACCCUUCAAUAUCUUCUCGUCUUUUGGCGCUCUAUACAGAUCCUAGAAUCAACAAUCUCGAAUAUGCUCGGUCCCUUUUUGACUGGAUUCGAGAACCCACUUUGGUUUCUUGGAAUCUGCUCGUCAAGUGCUACGUCGAGAACCAACGUUCGAAUGAUGCCAUUUCGUUGUUCUGCGAAUUGCUCUCUGAGUUCAUUCCUGAUUCUUUUACACUGCCUUGCGUUCUGAAGGGUUGUGCUCGAUUAAGUGCUCUAGACGAGGGGAAACAGAUUCAUGGGUUGAUAUUGAAAAUUGGGUUUGGGGUGGAUAAGUUUGUUUUGAGUAGUUUGGUUAGUAUGUAUUCUAAGUGUGGUGAGAUUGAGCUGUGUAGGAAAGUGUUUGACCGAAUGGAAGAUAAGGAUGUAGUCUCAUGGAAUUCUUUGAUUGAUGGAUAUGCAAGAUGUGGUCAAAUUGAACUGGCACUGGAGGUGUUUGAUGAAAUGCCGGAGAGGGAUUCUUUUUCAUGGACUAUUCUGGUUGAUGGGCUUUCGAAAAGCGGGAAGUUAGAGACUGCUAGAGACGUGUUCGAUCGAAUGCCUACUCGAAAUUCUGUAUCCUGGAAUGCUAUGAUUAAUGGCUACAUGAAAGCUGGGGAUUUUAACACGGCACGAGAAUUAUUCGAUCAGAUGCCAGAAAGAAACCUCGUUACAUGGAAUUCGAUGAUCACUGGAUACGAAUUGAACAGGCAGUUUUCACAAGCCUUGAAGCUGUUUGAGGUUAUGUUGAGAGAAGAAAUAUCACCCAAUCAUGCCACUAUCCUUGGAGCUCUUUCUGCAGCUUCAGGAUUGGUUAGUUUUGGUAAGGGAAGAUGGGUUCAUUCCUUCAUAGUGAAAAAUGGAUUUGAAACAGAUGGCGUGCUUGGCACAUCGCUGAUAGAAAUGUACUCCAAGUGUGGCAGCAUUGCGAGCGCCCUCAGAGUUUUCAAAUCUAUACCCAAAAAGAAAUUGGGGCAUUGGACUGCUAUAAUUGUAGGCUUGGGAAUGCAUGGUUUGGUAGGGCAAACUCUUGAGCUAUUUGAUGAAAUGUGCAGAAUUGGGCUGAAGCCUCAUGCUAUUACUUUUAUUGGACUGUUAAAUGCUUGUAGUCAUGCAGGAUUUGCAGACGAUGCCUAUCAUUACUUUAAAAUGAUGAUGGACGAUUAUGGAAUUGAACCCUCUAUCGAACACUACGGUUGCUUGAUCGAUGUUCUGUGUCGUGCAGGAUGCCUUGAAGAGGCAAAGAAUACUAUUGAGAGAAUGCCCAUCAAACCAAACAAAGUUAUUUGGAUGAGUCUACUAAGUGGUUCUAGGAAACAUGGAAACAUAAGAAUGGGGGAAUAUGCGGCUCAUCAUCUGAUUGAUCUGGCACCAGAUACUACUGGAUGUUAUAUUAUCCUUUCGAACAUGUACGCUGGAGCUGGCUUGUGGGAAAAAGUUCGGCAAGUAAGAGAAAUGAUGAAGAAAAAAGGAAUCAGAAAGGAUCCAGGAUGCAGUUCCAUUGAGCAUCAAGGUUCAGUUCAUGAAUUCAUUGUGGGUGAUAGGUCACAUCCUCAAACAGAAGAGAUAUACAUCAAACUGAGUGAGAUGAAAGAGAAAUUGAACGUAGCUGGACAUGUUCCCGACACAACUCAAGUUCUUUUGUGCCUUGAAGAUGAUAAUGAGAAAGAAUCAGAGCUUGAAACCCAUAGUGAGAGGUUGGCAAUAGCUUUUGGUCUUAUCAAUAUCAAGCAUGGAAAUCCCGUCCGCAUCAUAAAAAAUCUUCGUAUUUGCAACGAUUGCCACACUGUUAGCAAACUUCUUUCCCAUAUAUAUAACCGUGAGAUCAUUAUCAGAGACGGUAGUCGAUUCCAUCACUUUAAAAGUGGGUCUUGUUCUUGUAAAGAUUUUUGGUAACUUCUCUUCUAAGCUGGUCGUUAAGCUUGCCUUCGUGCUUGAUCGUGUAGCUUCAUGUUCAUCAAAUCCUCAUCUUCAUGGUUCCAGGUAAAUUCCAUCUUUGCAAUUUAAUACAUCUUAAGGAAGUAGCAUAGUGGUCUUUCUUGGAAAAUUGUAUAAGCUUAUCAGUUUUGUAAAAAGCUUCAUAGUUUUAGCUUCCUUAUGUCUCAAACGAUUUAAAGGAAAAGCCUUCCUAGUGAUUU